UCCGCCAUGUUUUCCUUCCAUCCAGUGGGCUCAGUUUCCACCAUAGGUUUCUCGUCAAAAUUGAUGCUCGCACUUAAAAAACCAGUUUGACGACAGUAAACCGGAAUGACUAGCCCAAGAGUUGGGGCUACGGCGACUUCAAAGGCUAAAGCAGAUGUGUGCAGAGCCUCCUUUUCCGUCUCCUAUCCGCUCAAAAAAGCGAUAAAAGAGGCUCUGCUCGCAGGGUGACGAAAAGCGUGAUGCCGUAUUAUUUCACACGGCGCGCACGUGUCGGAAAUGGUCCAGGAGCUUCUAGAAGCUUCUAGAAGCUUCCCGAAAUACACUUGCUGAAUUCGUUACUUCCAAAAUUGCUGACGGAACAGAUCUUUUUAUAGUAAAACCUGUUCACGCUGUAUAUUGUGGUCGGCAGCCAUGCGACUCUCUAGGAAAGACUUCUCCAACGCUUUGAUUUGCGUUUUCCAACUUAGCCUAGAAGUUGCUGUGUUAAGCGCUUCGCAAGUCUACAAGUGUACCAUUGGAGACACAGCGAAGAUUUUAUGGCUCAGAUCAGAACGGGAACACCUCAAAGAGUUCAGGCAGUAUCGUGCGUGGAAGGAAGAAAUUCCUUUCGCCAUUAUCAACAACGGGACUCAGAACGCUAGAUGCUUGGAUGAUAUUUUGAAAACAUUUUGUCUAACAAAGGUACAAUUCCAAGAAUGGAACGAAACCCAUCUGUUAUUGACAAUAAAAAACACCAAUUAUGACGACAGUGGAGAUUAUAGUGUGGAGCAUGUGUUUAAAGGACUGGAAGACAAUCAUAAAGACACAGUGUCUUUGAAAAUACAAGCAAAACCUACGGACAUCAUUUCCAGUCAUCGUAAUUCAACCAAAGAUAACAGAACUAUUGAUCAUUCCUCGACGACCGCUGGGCCUGCAGCAAUUUCUUCUGGACGACGUGUUUCAUUAACCCGUUCGGUGCUGCUAAUAGCUCUUCUUCUUCUCUCUCUAUUGUAGCUAUCAAACUGAAUCACUUCAAGGGGUAGCUGAACUCAAAUAUAUGCUAUUAGAUUUUAACGGAAAAUUUUUUUUACGAUCAUGACUGUUCUUGAUAGAAAACAAAUUGCUUCCCACGUUAGCUUAAGGCUCAAUGAAUAAAUUUACUACCCUGAUAACAGUCAUGAUCGACCAUGCGUGGGUUGAGAAGGUAAUUUAAACAUAUGUAUUGUUAAUCCAUGAUGUUCUCCGAACGUGUUUGCUAUGGUGAGAAUGUGUUUUGUAUUUGUAGUAAUUCUGGUCUCCAUCCCAACUGAGUUAGUGUCCUCUUUUUUCACUGACGUCUGCUUCGCAAACUCGCUACGACGGGCGACUAAUUUUAAUAUACUCAGCUUUUUGUUUAUAUGUAUAUUUCACAGAUUUCCCUUUAUUUGUCUAAAUAAUCCAAGCAUAAUAGUGUCUUAAAGAUGGCAUCCAUGCAGUAAACAAAGCCAAUCCAACCGGACAAACAGUACAGGAGAGUAGAAACCUGAGGCGAGUAGCUCUGACAAUAAGGAAGUCACUGAUCAUUAGACAGCUAAACAGUACGUAGAUGGACAAGUGAGGGAGCAAACGGGUGCUAAGUAUAUGGCGUACCCGCUAUGUUACCAUUUACACUUCUCGCGAGUAUAAAUCUGAGGCUAUAUUCACAUUUGUAAAAUAACAUUGAAGGUGUACUGUACCAAAGCUAGAAAUGACGACAUCACACCAUCUUCACGACACUAAGGCUUGGAUUGAUAAUGAUAAAAAUAAUAUAUUUUUGUCAUAUAUUUAUAAUGUAAGUUGUCUGUCUGAGUAUCGGGUCUAUGACUUUCACGGACCAUCCUUAUGGCAUUUCUGUUUUUGUUAAUUUGUUUUCAUUAAAUUUUAAUAAAUAAAUAUAUAAUUUAAUAAAUAGA